CGUCACAGUUACCGGAAGUGGACAACGGCGUUAAGAGCAGAGCCUGGAUGGGGAUGAAAGAAGUAUUUUAUAAUAAAGAAAAAUCAGCCGAUUUAUUACAUUUUUCUUUGCUUUGUUGAAAGAAACCGAAGUGAAAAGGUAAGUCUGUAGUAGUUUGAGUCUGAACGCAGUUGUUCUGUUCAGACGUGUUUUGUGAAAGUGUUAAUGCUUUGGAUUAUAUAGAAUACAGAAUAGAUUGUGAGGUUUAAAAAAAAAACAUUUCUGGGGUUAGAAGUAAAUGAUACAGCAAAUUAUGUGGCGAUAAUAAUUGUACAUCUGCUGUUAUACAGGAGCUGAAUAUGUUGCAUCAUACAGCAUCACAGAUACUCUCUUUCAACAGCCGGUUUACUUUAAAAUCUGUCUGUUUGUUGUGAAAGGUUUGGAAACACCUAGUCUUAUGAGGUUUUUUUUUUUUUUUUAACACACAUGCAUGUUCCUUUUGUUAGUCAAAGGCAAAAAGACACAAGAAUUUUAACCUUGAACAUGUUCUGUAGACAGAGGAGUCCAAAUUGGACUUUUUUGUCUCUAACAGAAUAAUAUAUGAAGAAUUUCACAGUCAAACAUGGAAAUUAUACCUUAUACCUGGUGAAAGGAAUCAAGAACCAACAGAUCUACCAUUCCAUAAUUCAACACCAUGCAAUUCCAUCUGGACUGUGGAUUAUUGGAACUAACUUCACCGUACAACAUGGGAAUAAGUCAACGUGUACGUCCAAGCUCUCUAAACCUUGAAGUGCCAGCAGUUGGCUGGAGCGUUAUCUAUCACUGAACAGCCUGCCCAGUCACUGGAACUGCUCUGAUAGGAGCUGGAUCUCAAGAAUGCUGGACAUGAGGCUCGAUAAAGCAGAACGUUCGGACUGAUGGCAACGAUAACAGUGUUGCGUCACGUCAGCACUAGUCCUCUGCUAUGCGGCUGGGGACCUGUUCUCUUCGUCCUGCUGGGCUCGGUGUUAGUCCUGCUGCUGCCUCUGGUGGGUGUGGAGGAGAAAUGUUGUGCCAAACUGAAAGGCAUCUCCCGCUUGCGCUGCCAUCGGUGGGGCAACACCUAUCAUGAUGUGGGGUACUCAACAAGCCUGACUGUACCCUACACUGCCCUUGACCUCCUACCUCAAAAGCCCAAGCCCAAUAAAGAGUCACAGUUGGAGGCAAAGGCAGCUCUCCAUCAGGCCCUGGAAAUGAAGAAGCAGGGGAAAAGGGAGAAGGCACACAAACUUCUCGUCUACGCAUUGAACAUAAACCCAGACUUUGCAGACGCCCUCACCGAGCUAGGCACCAUCCUAGAGGAGGAGAAGGAUGUUGUUCAGGCUGACCACCUGUACAGCAAAGCACUCACCAUUUCACCCUGCCACCAGAGGGCACUGGUGAGCCGUGAUCGCACACUUCCCCUAGUAGAGGAGAUCGACCAGCGUCACUUUGGAGUCAUCGACGCCAAAGUGCAACGACUUAUGGCCAUCCCAAAAGGCAACUCUGCUCUUCGACGGAUCCUGGAGGAGACCUAUUACCACCAUAUUUACCAUACAGUGGCCAUCGAAGGCAACACUCUGACUCUGUCCGAGAUCCGGCACAUCAUCGAGACAGGCUACGCUGUACCGGGGAAAAGCCUGCACGAGCAGAACGAAGCUAUUGGUGUUGACGCUGCCAUGAAGUACAUCAACACCACACUACUGUCACGCCCUGGUGCCAUCACAGUCGGUGAUAUCCUGGACAUCCAUCGGCGAGUGCUGGGACACGCUGAUCCAAUAGAAGCGGGGCGAUUCAGAGCAAGCCAGGUGUUUGUCGGCCACCACAUUCCACCGCAUCCAGGCGAUGUGGAGCGGCACAUGCAGGAGCUAGUACAAUGGCUCAGUUCAGACGAAGCUCUGCACCUUCACCCGGUCGAAUUUGCUGCUCUGGCGCACUAUAAACUCGUCUACAUCCACCCGUUUGUCGAUGGAAACGGACGGACCUCGAGGCUCCUGAUGAACCUAGUGCUAAUGCAGGCAAAUUACCCGCCGAUCUCUAUCCGGAAAGAGCAAAGGGCCGAGUAUUACGCCGCCUUAGACACAGCUAACGAGGGCGACAUUCGGCCGUUCAUUCGCUUUAUUGCCAAGUGUACGGAGAUCACGCUGGACACACUGCUCAUAGCUACGACUGAACACGCAGUGGGUUUGCCUGAUGCUAGCAAUCAGGCUUGUCCUGACUGUAAACAGACUAUACCGGCGCAUAAUUGAAUAAUUGAUUAUGGAGGCGUAGACAUGGUGUGGAUUACAGUGAUCGCUUUUGGACCCGUGGGUUACUCAAGAGUCAUCAUUCUUACAACCACUAAAGUGAAACUGGACUUUGCUCAUUACAAAACUCUUAUUUGUAAGUUGUAACUUGUUGAGUGGAAACAAAGGUUUCAUUUUUGUACCUGAAUCUUGCUGCCAUUUAAUACUUUGACCAUUUGUUGCUUGAGAAAGUCAAAUCAUACCAUAAUUUAUUACAAAUGUCUGAAAUUUACUUAUAGUUAAGUUUGCUUCUUUUAGAAGUAGGCAAGUAUAAUUCAUAAAUACCUUUCUUUUUCUUUCAGCAAAUGGUUCUUGGGAGAACUAUUUAAAUACUUUGCCUCAAAAUAUUAGAUGCAAUAAGUCAGGAUGUAAAACACCAAUUCUUUGCUUGGCUUCAAUUUAAUUUUGUCUAUUUCUAUUUUGCGCGUUUCAAAUCGUUUUCCAUUUUAUUAGCCAUCAUAGCAGCUAAUCUUAAGACUGAGAAAAAUUGGCUAACGAUCAGUGUUUUUGUGCAAGUGUUCUUGAUCGUUUUUGGCUAGAAAGGGCUAGUAGUCAUUUAUCCUGAACAAUAAUGGAGAUUUUAAUAAUUUAGCAGUGCAUGCAAAUUUUUCCCUAUUAUUUUGUUUUUACAUUUUGAAAAAUAUAGAAGAUAUUUUCCAGCAUUUUAGUCGUUCUUGUACACGGGUACGAGCUAGUUAUGCUAACUUUAGUUACGCUCAUACAGAAAGCUAGUAAGCUACACUUUUACCUACAUCGUAAGUGCCAUUGUUGACAGUGUUUUGUGGGAUUUGCAUCUUUCUUUUAUUUCUCAUGAGAGUAUUUUAGUUUUUAACCACAGUACCACUUUUGUGCCUCAUGUUGGAGGUUUGCACCGAGAAGCACUUUAUAUAUUUCGGAAACGUUAUUUAUUUUGUAUGAAAAAUAAAUGUGUAUGAAAGUAUGAUUAAAUUAUUUAGAUCAGC